AAUAUAAUAUAUUCGUGGGUAGUGGGAGAGUUCAAAGUACAGGACCCCGAGGGAAUCCCGAAAUUAAUACAUUCUAAACCAGUUCCACACAUCUAAGGUGUUCUUCCUAGCAGAGUGACGUCAUUCAUUGGAGGAAACAGAAGUAACAUAACCUCACUUUGUGAAGCAGACAUCAGACUCAGACAGACAUGUCUCAGUUUCAGUAGUGUCGUCAGCUGAUAUACUUGUCAUGAUUGUCGCACGAUCAGCUGUUGUAAUAGUCCUGCUCGUCGUUGCAUAUAGCAGUGACUCAGUGUUUGUGUCCAACCUGACACCCAUCUGUCUGCGUUGUCUGUGUCACGCAGCCAGUAGUUGUAACCAGACCCUCGGCUGCAUUGACGGAUUCUGCGGCCCGUUCCAGAUCAACCGUCUCUACUGGCGCGACGCCGGACACUACGUCCCUCCCGAGGAUGACCCUUCCAGAGAAAAUGCUUUCUUGGAUUGUGCUAUGGACUACACGUGUGCUCAACACAUUUUAGAAGAAUACUUCAUCAGAUAUGGAUCUGACUGUAACAGAGACGGAGUGACUGAUUGUGAUGAUUACGCCAUGUUGCACUUUAACCUCAAAGAAGACUGCAGGAGUUCACUCGAUGGCACAAACUUUGGCCGUCGUUACUCUACAUGCAGGCCAACUUCCAAACUACCAGGGGACACAGUUUGAUCUAUUCUGCACUAGUUCUUCAUGGAAACUCUUCUAUCUUUGCUUAUUUAUGUCGUGAGGAAGCAUCGACGUUACACUGGAUAUGGAUAGUUUUGUUUCAUUUUGAAAUAUUUUAUUUGAACAUUUUAUUUAUUGUUAGUUUAUUGCUUUGUUAGAAAUAACUUUUUCCCUGGUGUACAUAUCAUAUUUACGCAAGUAAUAUGGCAAAACACUGCAAUGCAAAAGAAAAACAAAAUAGCUUUUAAUAGUUCUUUGCAUAUUAUAAAAAAUCAACCUCACAGCUCUUCAUACAAUUAACAUUCAAGUUUCUAGCCCCUGAGCUGUUGGAAAUUAUGUUAGACUAAAUUAUGUACCGAUAAGUAAUCUUCAUACAAAAAAAUCAAUUUUUUCCAAUAAGUUCUUACUGGUUAUAUUCCUUCAAAGAAGUAUUAUGUAAUCUUAAAAAAUAUAUUCCUAUUACUUUACUACAUCUAAAUCUUAUGAUUUUUACCUUAGAUUUGCCCUUAACCCCCUUAACCCCUCGAAAUUAGAUUUGUAAUUGUAAUUUUUGACAGAAGCUAUACCUGGGUGUCCAAAACCCAGUAAUUAGACUGGUUUAACUGAUUGGUAAUUAAUUGAAAGGGGUGUACGGGUGUACACCCCUUUCAAAAAGAUGGAAACCUUUUCUUACAAACAAAAAAUAAUACAGAACUAGCUAAA